UGAGUAGUAAAAGCAGUAGGGAAGUAACUAGAACAUGGAUUGUUGAUAAGGUUCGGCCUGUUGGAAGAAACAACAAACCUGAUAUAAUAACGUCGAAUCGUUCUUAAUUAAACAGUCAAUACGAUGAUUUUAACUGUAAAACCACUUCAAGGAAAGGAGUGCAACGUACAGGUCACAGAAGAUGACAAAGUAUCCACUGUGAAAGAACUGGUGUCUGAACGUCUGAAUAUACCUGCAAAUCAGCAGCGAUUGCUUUACAAAGGGAAAGCCCUUGCAGAUGAACACCGAUUGAGUGAUUAUUCCAUUGGGCCAGAGGCCAAGUUAAAUUUGGUGGUUCGUCCUGCGGGGGAGAGGAGUGGUGUGGCUGGGAUGGCUAGCAGUAGCAGUGCUGUUGGUGGGGUGUGGCAGACUCUGUCCACUGUCCUGGCGAAGCAUUUCAGCCCUGCAGAUGCAGCUAAAGUGCAAGAACAACUUGUCAAGGAUUAUGAACGUUCACUUAGGCAACUCAGCAUGGAUGACAUUGAACGCCUGGCUGGGCGACUGCUUCACCCAGACAGUGAGGGUAUGGACACAUCGUACAUGGAUUGAAGGCCUACCUAUCUGACAUGACAGUAUUCUGGCGAUUCCCAGAGGAGCGGUGGGUCAAUUUUGACAGAUUAUGGCAGGGGAGCUGCAGUGUAAAUUGACUUCAUGCUGAGAAUCCCCAGUGUCAGCCUGAUAAAGGUUUAAUUGUACAGGGAUUAAAUGAACUGUUGAUUAUAGUUUUAUUGCAAAGCUUCCCGAUUACAGCCUGGCUUAAUUAUUAUUUUCUUUGUUUUCUUCAGUCAUUCCAGUUCAAUUAAUAGGAUAUUUUCACUUGAUCAAAUCAAGACUGCAAUGAGAGCCAAUCCCUACAAGAGGACACUGAGUAAUUAUGGAAGUUCUUAUUUAUAAGCAAUGUGUUUGAAAUGAGUGAUGGUAUGUUUUCUGUAAACUAUCUGUAAGGUGAGUGGUGCCUGUCUGUUCAGCCAUUUGCAGCCAUUGUAUGAUUUGUAAAUAUUGUGUUUAUACAAGCAUUAAAAAAGAAACUGUUUUCCCUAAA